AUGCUCGAAGAUGAGCUCAUCAAAAACGGACAUAUUAAUUUCGAAUCUCCAUUAAUGGUAAUAGUAAAUACUCUUUUAUGGCGUUUCGCAUACAUAAUUGUAGUAUUUUUACUUCCUAAGAAAAGCCCCGAAUAUUGGUCAAGAAUAAUAACGUUUGUCCAUGAUCUAGUAGCAGCUUUCGUCGGUAUUAACCAAUGCUUUGUGACGGACUCUCCAUUCGAACACCCAGAAUGGCGUACAAAUUACGUCCAAUCGGUAUUAUUAUCGUUUAGCGCGGGCUACUUCGUACACGAUUUAAUUUGGAUGAUACAAUACGAUCACGACAAAUUAAUGAUGGCGCAUCAUACCUACAGCGCCAUAGCUUUGAUGAGAAUGUUGUUUAAAGGUUAUUCGGGUGCACAAGCCACGUGUUCUUUGGGAAGCAUGGAAAUAACCAAUCCCGUUCUCCAGAUGAGGUGGUUUAUAAGAGCGGAAGGGAUGUACCCUUCGAUAUUAUUUACCUCGGUCGAAACAACGUUUGUUAUUGUGUUCGUAACGGUCAGGAUUAUUUUAGGGAGUUUUAUAUUGAAAACUAUAAUGAUGCAACCGAAAAACGAUUGGGAUUUUAUAAUAAUGUCGAUCGUCAUCUAUAUUUUAUCUUGGUUGUUUUUGAUAAAUAUUUUCAAAUAUUUACUUGUCAAA